CAAGUAGAGACCCAGGCCAUCACUUAUCCCUCCUUGCCAUCACUCAUCAACUCCCGCGUCCCAUCCGUUGCUUCGGAAUCCUUCUCUUCCCCUCGAACCACGUCCACGUCCACGUCCACGUCCACGUCCCAAUACUUCCCUCGAACCACGGGGAUUUGGUCUCCGAACCCGUUGUGACCUGGUGGGUUUAGUGAGCUUAUCAGAGGAGAAGCCGGGAAGGAAGAGAGGGAAGAGGAGAAGGGAGAUGGUCCAGCGGCGGCCGGGCCUUGGUGGUCGACGGCCAGCUGUCGACAGCAGGCGGCGGCCGGCGAGGAGGGGAAAACCGAGAGCAUCCUCGGUUUUGGUCCGGAACAGGGGAAGGAGGCUCGGUUCUGGGUUGGAACAGAGGAAUAGGGGCGGUGGUCUAGAGGGAAGAAGGGGCUUCGGCGGCGGCGCUUGGCCGAGGCGGCACCCCGGCCACCGGAGAAAAGGAAGGAGGAGGAGGAGGAGAGGUGCUCGGUGGAGCUCAGAGGUGGGUGGAUCGUUGAGAGAUGGAAGAUUUCUAGAGGGUUUUCCGAAGGGGAUAAUCUCGGGAGUGAGGGGAUAAACUUGGGGUCGUUGCUCCGCCGCGAUUCUCGCGGCGGAUAGGCUCGACCGGUUUUUUUUAUGGGCCUCACAGAAGGAUUACAGUUGUGAUCCUAUUGGGACUCCUGGUUUUUUUUAUGCCUUACCGUAAGCUUUUUAAGGAGAAAACGGCUUCUAGUCUCCUCUUUCUACUAGGAUCCGAACUAGAUAUUCUUUUCCAGCCCUCUCUACAACUCUUCUUCUAUAAAAUCCCCCGCAGGACUCACAGGUCGGUCCCGAACUUCUUCUCUCUCGCUUUCCUCCAAGGUAGCAAAGGGUGAUUCCACCUAUGGCUCCCAAGUCUUCUCCGCUCAAGGCCGUCUCCUUUCUCUUUUUGGUGCUAUUCUUUUGGACUUCAGCUGGUCUCGAGGAGAGGGAAGGGUGCUACAUCAAGGCCAUAUAUAGCUUGGGAGACUCCAUUGCCGACACUGGCAACCUCCUUCGAGAGGGUGUGGGCGGGGCUUUUGCACCCAUCGCACACCUUCCAUACGGCGAGACCACUUUUCACAGGCCCACCGGGCGUUGCUCCGACGGACUUCUCAUGAUAGACUACCUCGCUUCGUCCCUCAAUCUUCCUUUUGUCAAUCCUUAUUUGGACAAGGAGGCUAAUUUCAACCAUGGAGUCAAUUUUGCUGUAGCUGGGGCCACUGCACUUGACCAUUCCUUUUUCAAGGAAAGGGGCAUUUUGAUGCCUUAUACUAAUAGUUCUUUGAAUGUUCAGCUUGAUUGGUUGAAGACCCAUCUUGAUUCUGUUUGCUCAUCAGAAACAGAUUGUACUGAAAAGCUUAAUCAUGCUCUGUUUUUGGUGGGAGAGAUUGGAGGCAAUGACUAUAAUUACGCUUUCUUUGGAGGAAAAUCCAUCACAGAGGUGAUAAGUUAUGUUCCACAUGUUGUGCAAAGCAUAAUAAAUGCUUCCAAGGAAGUGAUAGAUAUGGGAGCUGUUCAACUAGUUAUUCCUGGGAAUUUUCCAAUUGGAUGUUUUCCAAGCUACUUAACAGCAUCGCGUUCAUCAGAUCCAGAUGCUUAUGACGACAGAAUGUGUCUUAAAGGACUAAAUGCCUUUGCCAUGCUCCAUAAUUUAAAACUUCAAGAAGCAAUACAAGAGUUGAGGCAGUCACAUCCUCAUGUUAUCAUCAUGUAUGCAGAUUACUAUCAUGCCUUCUUGCAUCUACUGGACAAUGCAUUGGAUCUAGGAUUUGCCAAGAAUUCAUUGAUGAAAGCUUGUUGUGGAAGUGGCAGUGAAUAUAACUUUGAUGCCUCCAAAAUGUGUGGUUCUCCUGGAGCUUCAACAUGUGACAACCCUGCUGAACUUAUAAGUUGGGAUGGAAUUCAUUUAACACAGAAGGCAUACAUGAUCAUGGCGCGAGAGUUAAUCAGUGGUGGAUUCUCCUAUCCAAGCUAUGGAGUCCUGGAGAAGUGGAAAUGCUACUAUUGAGUCCUGGAGAAGAAGGAAGCAUAGUGUUGAAAUAAUAUCUUAUCCUAUUUAGACUAAGAACUUGGAUUGAGUUGUCAAUUAGUCCGUUCAUGUUUUUAGUUUUAUUUUUUUGAUGAUUUGCAAACUUGUUCUUUAAAACUAUAACCUCCCACACUGGGGUGGUGGGUACAACUUUUACCUCCCACAAUGGACUGCGAAGAUAAUACUCUCUGGCAAACUUU